UUGGGUAACGAGAAUUUCCAGAAAAAACUCUGCAGCAUGAGAAUUCCACUAAACCAGUCGACUGAUUGACUAUUCAUUUCACUUCUUGAACCCCAGAUGAGUGGAGCUUUAACAAUGCGAGUACUUUUGCUGUUGGUUUGUUUGGCCUCCUGUGAGGAACCAGCGAAGAAACAGCCAGUGGCGCUGAAAGAACUGAUCCCGAUUUCGUUUGUAUCGGGAAAUCCAGCCAGCAAGGGCGAAACCGCCCCGAAGACUUUGGUAGUAAGCGAAACGAAAUUGAACGAUCUCUCAGCGCUGAAGAACGUCAAUUUGGAAGACUUUGAAAUCAUCGUCAACGACUAUGUGGAUAAACUGCUGGAAAACGUUCAGUGCCUGAUCACCAACAACAAUCUGGACCCAACACCGAUGCCCAGCCAGGAUCUUGAUAUCACAAUUGGGCAAGCGAACAUCACUGAGGGCCAGCUGAAGGGCAUGUCGACCAUCAAAAGACAUGGAAACGCAGUUCUGGUCUACGACAGCCAGUCCAAACAGCUUCGAGUUGACCUGAUUUUAGGCUUCCAGGACAUUAAGUUUGUCUUCGACUAUUUCAUGGAAGUGGUGGUUCAGAAGUUAACCGGCCAAUUGCAUGGAAGCGUCGAUCAAAUCAACAUGCACGUGAAGUUGGGCUUCGACUUUGCCAAAGGGCUGACUUUCGUCGACCACAUCAACUACAAAAACAAAGGGAAAAUCCGCGUUUGGCUAACGGGAAAAAAACUGGCUGACUGGAUAUCGAACGCCAUGACCAGCACGGUGACCGGACUGUUGCACAAUCUCGUUUUGGACAUUGUGCGGGACAGCUUGAGGCGUCCAGUGUCCAGUGUGGUGGACGCCGUCAAUCAGGUGCUGCACCCCAAGUGCCAACAAGCACUUUUCUCCCAAGUCUACUUCAUCAGCAAGGACUAGCCAAGUGCCAGCAACGUGUACAAACAUGCA